GUUCUCUCUGCAGACUUCCUGUCCCACCUCUUAUCCUUAUUUGGUUCUCUCUCUGCAGACUUCCUGUCCCGCCUCUUAUCCUUAUUUGGUUCUCUCUCUGCAGACUUCCUGUCCCGCCUCUUAUCCAUACAGUAUUUGGUUCUCUCUGCAGACUUCCUGUCCCGCCUCUUAUCUUUAUUUGGUUCUCUCUGCAGACUUCCUGUCCCUCCACUUAUCCUUAUUUGGUUCUCUCUCUGCAGACUUCCUGUCCCUCCACUUAUCCUUAUUUGGUUCUCUCUCUGCAGACUUCCUGUCCCGCCUCUUAUCUUUAUUUGGUUCUCUCUGCAGACUUCUUGUCCCGCCUCUUUAUUUGGUUCUCUCUGCAGACUUCCUGUCCUGCCUCUUAUCCUUAUUUGGUUCUCUCUCUGCAGAAUUCCUGUCUUGCCUCUUAUCCAUAUUUGGUUCUCUCUGCAGACUUCCUGUCCCGCCUCUUUAUUUGGUUCUCUCUGCAGACUUCCUGUCCCGCCUCUUGUUUUUAUUUGGUUCUCUCUGCAGACUUCCUGUCCCGCCUCUUAUCUUUAUUUGGUUCUCUCUGCAGUCUUCCUGUCCCGCCUCUUAUCCUUAUUUGGUUCUCUCUGCAGACUUCCUGUCCCGCCCCCACCAUGAGUGACAUCUACGAGUCGGCGGCUCACUCCCUGGGUCUCUUCAGCAGCCCGUGUCUCACCAAAGUGGAGCUGAGAGUCACCUGUAAAGGGAUCUCGGACCGAGACGCUCUGUCCAAACCGGACCCCUGCAUCGUCCUGAAGAUGCAGUCCCAUGGAGAGUGGAUGGAGGUGGAUCACGGCCGAGGAGCUGACGGGGAACGACGAUUACAUCGAGCUCUCCUUCAGCGCCAGGAAGCUGGACGACAAGGACUUCUUCAGUAAGUCGGACCCGUUCCUGGAGAUCUACCGUCUGAACGAUGACGCCACCAUGCAGCUGGUCUACCGGACCGAGAUGCCCCGCCCACUCCCACCUGUUCCCCGUCAGUGUUCAGCCCAGACGGUGAUGAAUAAUCUGAACCCUGUGUGGAAAACCUUCAAAGUGUCUCUGAACUCUCUGUGCAGCGGAGACCACGAGAGAAAACUGCAGUGCACGGUGUGGGACUGGGACUCUAAUGGGAAACAUGAUUACAUCGGUGAAUUUGAGGCCUCGUUUAAAGAGAUGAGAGGAGCCAUCGAUGGACGCCAGGUUGCCAUCGACUUCACAGCAUCCAACGGUGAUCCUAGAAACAGCUGCUCCCUGCACUACAUCCACCCGUUCCAACCCAACGAGUACCUGAAGGCUCUGGUGUCUGUGGGGGAGAUCUGCCAGGACUAUGACAGUGACAAAAUGUUUCCGGCGUUUGGUUUUGGUGCUCAGAUCCCUCCGGACUACAAGGUCUCUCAUGACUUCGCUGUGAAUUUUAACAAGGACAACCCAGAGUGUGCAGGGAUUCAGGGUCUGGUGGAGGCCUAUCAGGCCUGCCUGCCCAAGCUGCAGCUCUACGGUCCCACCAACAUCGCCCCCAUCAUCCAGAAGGUCGCCAAGUCCGCCUCGCAGGAGGUCCACACCAAAGAGGCCAUGGCCUCUCCAGCUGCUCUGGCCAAGAGUGUUUUAGCAGAAGUGCCCAACCAGGUGGUUGACUACUACAACAGCAGGGGCAUCAAGCCCAAAGUGCCCAGUGAAUACCAGUCUUCCAGGCCCUUCGGCCCCUGAGCCUCAGAGCCACGCGGGAAAUUAAUCUUUACUGUUUCUUGUUUUGUUCCUGAUGCAAACACUGAAGGUGCUCCUCCCACUUUUACCAUGAAACCACACGAACCUGUAGAUGGUCUUCAUCCUCCACCCAGACCAGCCAGGUCCUCCUGGAACACAGGACCCUGCAGGUGUCUGAGCUGGUGUCCUGAUCUGAGCCGGCGUCUGCACCAUCCUGGGUCCAAACAGCUCAGCCUCAGUGGGAACAUCCUGGUCCUUUAUUCACAGGGGCGGAGCCACCCCCAGGUGACUGACAGCUCAGCAUCAAUUAGCAUCUAAAAUAAGUUAAAACAUUAACUGGAUACAGUCGGAGCGUCCUGUCAGCGCAGUGACACACCACAGUCCUCAUCGAUACGUCUAAAAACAGAUGAGUUGUAAUAUAUAAAAUUAGCUUUAAGAUAACAUAAAACUUUAUUGAUCCCACAGUGGGGAAAUUUACACAUUACAGCAGCUCAAAAACAGGAGAGGGUGAGAUA